UCCUCUGUUUCUCGUCACCCAACCUACAAGCCAAUAAAAACCCAGCCCAAACCUUGAAUCCCCGAAAUGCCCCGAAGAGAAAUAGUUUGUUUUUUUCCGGAUCUGUCCCUCCUCCGAUUCCUCCGCGUCCUUCCCCGGAAUUCCCGUUGUGCCCCUCCUCCGAUUCCGUCGUUGCGCCCCCGCCGCCUCCCAUCCUCCGCCCAUCCCAACCGCCACUGUAGAUGCUGAAAUUAGUAGAAUUCGAAGCGAAGCAACUCGGUUAUUCGAAUCAGAGGAUUUUUUUCCUCUCAUUUUUUAGGUUAAAAUCGAUUGUUUUGGGAUUCUGUAGAUGAUUUCCACGAAAAUUUCGGCUGUUCAUGGCUUUAUAGGGUUUAUGCGAUGAAGAAUUCGUUUUUCUUCUAGAAAAUGGGGUUUUCCGGGGGAUUUUCGGAUAUUUUCAUCACAAAAGGGAUUGUUCGAAUCGAGAUGGAACUCCAGAUUUUAAUUGAUUUCUAGGGUUUGCGCGAUGAAAAAUUCGUUUUCCCCUUUGUUUUCCAUGGAAUUUUCGAACAUUUACAGCAAAGAGGGUUUUUACUAAAGAAAAGAAAAAUGUAGAUAAAACCCCAGCUUUUAUUCGAUUUUUAGUGUUUAUCCUCCGAUAAAUUUAAGUAAUUCUUCAAGGUUAUUGCAUCAAGAAAGGAGUUUUUUUUGCUUAAUUAAAACGGGAGAAAUUUAGAUCCGAAUUCUAGUGUUGGGAGGAAUCGAAAAACCUGGAAAGCGACGGACGCGGAACGGUUUUCCUCCGAAUCCGGGAUCUCCCCACUCCCCUCCCCAAUCUCCCGAAAGGCCGCCUGGGGGCAUUGCGGGAAUUCCAAAUUUUGUUUCCAUAUGGUAAGCCCGAAACUUACGUGGUCUUUUCGGCAAUUCCACCUAACUUCGGGGGGCAUCCCCGGAAUCCAACCCAGAGCAGAGAAAAACACAAAACAUACGUUCCCCCAUCCCUUUAACCCCACCAGCCACAAGAACAAGAGCGCAGAGGAGAGAAGAGAAACCAAAAAAUUAAAAAAAAAGAGAGGAACAAAGUAGAGAGAGAAAGGUGGUAGACGAGAGAUUAUCGCUCUCGUCACCUUCGCCAACUUCUCCUCCGCCUUCCGGUUAUGCCCCUGCGAGCCCACCAACCUCUCCGCCUGCCUUCCCCGAAUACCCCUCAUCUUUUCCUCCCUCAGCGCAGUCGUGGAGAUUGUAAUUAGCGAUGGUUAGCAUAAGGAGACGGAGAUAUCUGGGGCUCUGCACAGGGAAAAGUUCCGUUCCUGUAGAGCUUCCCAAGCCUGCUGACAAUGGGCACACUCUGGAAAAUUCUAAUCAGAAUGUAAAGCCAUUCAGUGUUUAUCCUAUGCCUUCAGAUAAUUUAAGCCUUCAAAAGCCGUUAAAGAUCAAUGUUUCUGAAGCAUUACCUGGAUCUUCAAAUGCAUCUGGUUCAAGCACAUCAAAGGAGGAGGCAAAUCAUUAUUAUCCAGGUAAACAAAUCAAACGCCGGAAGCGACACAGGAGAAAGCACUUUGAAGACCAAGAACAAUGCAUAAUGAGGGGUGUUUAUUUCAAAAAUAUGAAAUGGCAGGCGGCAAUAAAAGUCGACAAGAAGCAAAUCCACUUGGGCACUGUUGGAUCACAAGAGGAAGCGGCCCGAUUGUAUGACAGAGCUGCUUUCAUGUGCGGGAGAGAACCCAACUUUGAACUCUCAGAGGAGGAGAAACAAGAACUAAGACAGUACAAAUGGGAUGAUUUCUUGGCAGUGACACGCAAUGCCAUCAACAACAAGAAACAUCAGAAAAGGCUUGGUGCAGAUAGGCGAAAGAAGCCUGAGAACCAGUUGCAGAGUAAUGAUGGGGAGCAUGAGCAAGGCACCCAUGCAUCAUCAGCAUCUGAUGAUGGAGAUGCUGAUACAUCUGUCUCGUAAUCAGAAUAAUGCAAUCAGAAUAAUGCAAGCAGGCCAAAGGCCAAAUUACAACUGACCCUUAAUUUUCCUAUAGGGAUUAGUCUAUGUCUACAUAUUUUAUAUAGGUAGCGUAUAGCUUAUAUUUCUCCAUUAAUUUGCUGUGUAUAAAGCCCCUAUUAGGGCAAGCAAGGGUUGAUGAAACAUAUUAAAUUCUGGUAAGAGAAUUCUGUUGCCAUUUUCAACUAGCCAAUAUAAGGCUGCAUUUGGAGGCUUUUAUCCUAA